UGCGACAACAGCCUUCGACGUCAUCGCAGCGUGCCUCAGCACACGCUUGAAAUGUAAUGAGUUGUUGAUUUCUGAGCUCGCGGUUCCGGUAAAAUGUCGGUUUUUCACGACGAGGUCGAGAUCGAGGACUUUGAAUAUGACGAGGACACGGAGACGUAUUAUUUCCCUUGUCCCUGCGGAGACAGAUUCGCCAUAACUAAAGAGGACCUGGAGAAUGGGGAGGAGGUGGCAACGUGUCCGAGCUGCUCACUCAUUGUUAAAGUCAUCUACGAUAAGGACUUGUUCAUGUCAGGAGAAAUCAUCGAAGCUCCGUCGUCCUCUGAGACCAAACUGGAGCUGGCUCAGUCCUGAACACCCCCCCCCCCCCCGCUGACCACAGACGGGUCCUUUAAACACACUUUAUUUAUGCAGAGUCACUUUGAACUGAACCUGGGAGUCUGAAACCAGUUUUCAGAAGCUUCGCGACAAACCCACAGCUGGAGAUUUAAACGUCUUCUUCUUCUUCAGUGUCUUUGCUCAUUUAUUAUAAACAAGACAGCAUUUGUAUCUGAUGAUCAUUUCCAACAUAAACCUUAACAAAUUUA